AUGGGUAUUGUUUGGCAGGCCUGGUACGCCAUCGGCGUCUUCAUAAUCCUCCUGCGAUUUGCGGUUCGUAUUCGCACCGUCGGGAUUCGAGGCUUCCGCGGCGACGACUACUUGGCUUUACCCCUGGGAUCAAAAUUGGAGUUCAUGUCAUGGUACACAUACCCUGGGGUCUUGAAGUUCACCGUGCUAUUCUUCUACAAGCGUUUAACACUCGGAAUACUACGAAGACGGAGUCUGGUCGCAUUAUUCUGGAUUUGCGGAAUUUCGUACAUCGUCCUAUGUCUCACCGUGACACUCAGCUGUCAACCCUACUCCGACAACUGGCGAAUCCGACCUCUACCAGGCCCAGAGUGCACCUUUCGACCGCAGAACUUCUGGAUGCUACUGUGGCUCAACGUCCUUACCGACGCCGCCCUCCUCUCCAUCCCCGUUCCGAUUCUCUGGCAUCUCCGCGUGUCCUUGAGGCGUAAAAUCGGCGUCGGCAUCCUGCUUUCAUCUGGCAUCUUUGUCAUUUCGACUGCCAUCGUUCGCGCGGUCACGACCUUGGGCGGUGCGCCGUCCGUCAUCAACAUCAACCGCUGGGGUUUCCGCGAGACCGCCGUCGGACUCAUCACCGUCACCCUACCGGUUCUGAGCCCGCUGUUCACGAGGGCGUUUUGGCGUCGCGGCCCGUACAUUCGAGAUUACUACGAUCGGCUCCGCGGCCCAAGGACGCCUCCUAACAAUGCUAGGUUUGGCAAUUGGCUGGGGACGAUGGUUCUCAAGUACAUUGACGAGGAAGAAGGGGAUGUUUUACGCAGCUCCAGCGCGGCGAAGCAGUUGGAAGAGGCGGGGUACCGAAGGGAAUAUGCCGAGCGUGCGGGUUCCUACAAUAAAGAUGGUGGAGAAGCCUACGAGCUGGAAACGCAGAGCGGCGAUACAAGCACGAAAAGUUUGAAGACCAUUGAGACGGUAUGA